AUAGAGGGGGCCCGGGAGGGAAAGGGGUUGUGUUUGCACGGGCGGGGACUUCCCGAGCCUGCCGGGACCAUGACCUGAACUGUGCGAGCGGGACGUGUCCGAAGCCCACGAACCAGCUCACCUGAGCCGCCCCUCCCCCGGCCAGCAUGGCAUCUGAAGAAGCCUCGCUCAGGGCAUUGGAAAGUCUGAUGACAGAAUUUUUCCACGAUUGUACGACCAAUGAAAGAAAACGUGAGAUAGAGGAGCUUCUUAAUAACUUUGCCCAGCAGAUAGGAGCCUGGAGAUUCUGCCUGUACUUUCUUUCCAGCACCAGGAAUGACUAUGUAAUGAUGUACAGUUUAACGGUUUUUGAGAAUCUGAUCAAUAAAAUGUGGCUUGGGGUCCCAUCUCAGGAUAAGAUGGAAAUCCGUGGCUGCCUGCCCAAACUCCUGCUGGCUCACCAUAAAACCUUACCUUACUUUAUCCGGAACAAACUCUGCAAAGUUAUUGUUGAUAUUGGACGUCAGGAUUGGCCCAUGUUCUACCAUGACUUUUUUACUAACAUUUUACAGUUGAUCCAGUCCCCCGUGACAACCCCCCUUGGGCUGAUCAUGUUGAAGACAACUUCAGAAGAGCUGGCUUGUCCCCGGGAGGACCUCAGUGUGGCUCGAAAGGAGGAGUUGCGGAAGCUGCUGCUGGACCAGGUGCAGACAGUACUUGGGCUCCUGACAGGUAUCUUGGAGACUGUCUGGGACAAGCACAGCGUCACUGCCGCCACUCCACCGCCAUCCCCGACCUCAGGAGAAAGUGGUGACCUUCUAAGUAAUCUGCUGCAGAGCCCUAGUUCAGCCAAACUGUUGAAUCAGCCAAUUCCCAUCCUCGAUGUGGAGAGUGAGUAUAUCUGUUCCCUGGCCUUGGAGUGCCUGGCCCAUCUCUUCAGUUGGAUUCCUCUGUCUGCCAGCAUCACCCCGUCCCUCCUUACCACCAUCUUCCACUUUGCGCGCUUUGGCUGUGACAUCCGGGCUAGAAAGAUGGCGUCGGUUAACGGCAGCAGCCAGAACUGUGUCUUGGGUCAGGAGCGUGGCCGGCUUGGGGUCCUGGCCAUGUCCUGCAUCAAUGAACUCAUGUCCAAGAACUGUGUGCCUAUGGAAUUCGAGGAGUAUUUACUGCGUAUGUUCCAGCAGACUUUCUACCUCCUGCAGAAAAUCACCAAGGAUAACAAUGCCCACACGGUGAAGAGCAGGCUAGAGGAGCUUGAUGAGAGCUACGUUGAGAAGUUUACUGACUUUCUGCGGCUCUUUGUGAGUGUUCACCUAAGAAGAAUCGAGUCCUACUCCCAAUUCCCUGUGGUGGAGUUUCUGACACUUUUGUUCAAGUACACGUUUCACCAGCCUACUCAUGAAGGUUACUUCUCUUGUUUGGAUAUCUGGACGCUCUUUUUGGACUAUCUGACAAGUAAAAUUAAAAGUCGUCUGGGAGACAAGGAAGCAGUUCUCAACAGGUACGAAGAUGCCCUGGUCCUCUUGCUCACAGAGGUGUUGAAUCGAAUCCAGUUCAGAUACAACCAGGCCCAGCUGGAGGAGCUGGACGAUGAGACUCUGGAUGAUGAUCAGCAGACAGAGUGGCAGCGGUACUUGCGCCAGAGCUUGGAGGUGGUGGCCAAAGUGAUGGAGCUCCUUCCCACGCAUGCCUUCUCCACACUGUUCCCAGUUCUUCAGGACAAUUUAGAAGUCUAUUUGGGAUUGCAGCAAUUUAUAGUUACUUCAGGGUCAGGACACAGGCUGAACAUCACGGCGGAGAACGACUGUCGGCGGCUGCACUGCUCCCUCAGAGACUUGAGCUCCCUGCUGCAGGCUGCGGGCCGCCUGGCCGAGUACUUUAUCGGGGAUGUGUUUGCUGCGAGGUUCAAUGACGCCCUCACGGUCGUGGAGAGGUUGGUCAAAGUCACUCUGUAUGGAUCUCAGAUCAAAUUGUACAACAUUGAAACUGCCGUGCCAUCAGUAUUGAAACCGGACCUCAUUGACGUGCACGCCCAGUCCCUGGCCGCCCUCCAGGCCUACUCCCACUGGCUGGCACAGUACUGCAGCGAAGCUCAUCGGCAGAACACACAGCAGUUUGUGACGCUCAUCUCCACCACCAUGGAUGCGAUCACACCUCUGAUCAGCACCAAGGUCCAGGACAAGUUGCUGCUGUCUGCGUGCCACCUACUGGUCUCACUGGCCACCACUGUGCGGCCUGUCUUUCUGAUCAGCAUCCCUGCAGUGCAGAAAGUGUUCAACAGAAUCACCGAUGCCUCUGCCCAGCGGCUGGUCGAUAAGGCGCAGGUGUUGGUGUGCCGAGCCCUCUCUAACAUCUUACUGCUUCCGUGGCCGAACCUUCCAGAGAAUGAGCAGCAGUGGCCUGUGCGCUCCAUCAACCAUGCCAGCCUCAUCUCCGCGCUCUCCCGGGACUAUCGCGACCUGAAACCCAGUGCCAUCACCCUGCAGAGAAAGGUGCCACUGGAUGACACCAAAGUGAUCAUCCACCAGACACUUAGUGUCUUAGAAGACAUCGUGGAGAAUAUCUCUGGGGAGUCCACCAAGUCCCGCCAGAUCUGCUACCAGUCGCUGCAGGAAUCCGUUCAGGUCUCCCUGGCCCUCUUUCCAGCUUUUAUCCAUCAGUCAGAUGUGACUGAUGAGAUGCUGAGCUUCUUCCUAACCCUGUUUCGAGGCCUUCGAGUCCAGAUGGGCGUGCCUUUCACUGAGCAGAUCAUACAGACUUUCCUCAACAUGUUUACCAGAGAGCAGCUGGCGGAGAGCAUCCUGCAUGAGGGCAGCACCGGCUGCCGCGUGGUGGAGAAGUUCCUGAAGAUCCUGCAGGUGGUGGUGCAGGAGCCUGGCCAGGUGUUCAAGCCCUUCCUCCCCAGCAUCAUUGCCCUGUGCAUGGAGCAGGUGUACCCCAUCAUCGCGGAGCGGCCCUCCCCGGAUGUGAAGGCUGAGCUGUUUGAGCUCCUUUUCCGGACCCUCCAUCACAACUGGAGGUACUUCUUCAAGUCCACCGUGCUGGCCAGUGUGCAGCGGGGGCUAGCCGAGGAGCAGAUGGAGAACGAGCCCCAGUUCAGUGCCAUCAUGCAGGCUUUUGGACAGUCCUUUCUCCAGCCUGACAUCCACCUUUUCAAGCAAAAUCUCUUCUACUUGGAGACUCUCAAUGCCAAGCAGAAGUUGUACCACAAGAAGAUCUUCCGGACCACCAUGCUGUUCCAGUUCGUGAACGUGCUGCUCCAGGUCCUCGUUCACAAGUCCCAUGACCUCCUGCAGGAGGAGAUUGGCAUUGCCAUUUACAACAUGGCCUCUGUGGACUUCGACGGCUUCUUUGCAGCCUUCCUGCCAGAGUUCCUGACUGGCUGUGAUGGUGUGGAUGCCAACCAGAAAAACGUGUUGGGGAGGAAUUUCAAGAUGGAUCGGGACCUGCCCUCGUUCACCCAGAACGUGCACAGGCUGGUCAACGACCUGCGCUACUACCGACUCUGCAACCACAGCCUGCCCCCCGGCACCGUGAAGCUCUAGGCCCAGCCCCGCGCGCCGCCUGCACCACCGCCACCUCCACCCUCACCACAGGGAGUGCCCAGACAAGCCUCAGCGCCCUGCUGUUCUCACGCCAGAGCAGUGUGGCCUGCGCCCGUCCCUCGGCUCCCCUCUGCCGGGGCCCUUGGAGCAUGGGCUGGAGUUCCCAGGGUGCUUGGAAGAGGCGGAGGGUCAUGUGGCGGGUGCCUGGGAGGCACCGGGAUCCCCUGGGGGUCCGUGCAGAGGGUGCACUUAGCAGUCAGGAGCAGAACUGCCAAGGACAGCCGAGGACAGUGCCGCCUUCUCACCAUUCCACCCCCCAGCCCGGGAGAGACGCCAUGGGCCCUGCUGUGGGACUCCUCUGCCAGCCCCUCCCCCGAUUGCCUUGAAAUCUCGGCUCUUUGUCAGAGAUUCACAGAGACUCGUGUUUUUGUUCUUGUUUUCUCAGCAUUCCAUUGUGAUACUAAGAGACUAAGAGGCUUAAUGAGAAAUAAAAGGCUUAUGUUGUUGUUAUAAA